GGAGUUAACUCAGGGGAGAGGGGAACUAAGGAAACCCGUCCAGAGUUUUAAGGAGAAGAAACACCACACGUGUUUAAAGGUUUGAAAAGACUAACAUGUCUUUAGCAAGCUUUAUAGGAGCUAGUCUUUCUUCGAGAACGAGAGUGGGAAGGACCGACGUUACUCUCGUUACUCUGACGAGCUAACGGCUGGUCCUGGCUUUAAAGAGCAGCACCGAGCGCGCGCGUAUGUUGUUCUUGAAGUUAUUUAUAUUCUAACCACAUAAACACUUUUAUCAUUCUGAGUUGCAUUAAAGUAUGGUAGUUACGCUCUCGACUGGCGUUGACUAGAGAGGGAAGAAAACGGGGGACGAGAAAGGGGGGGCCGGACGGGGAGCUGCACCCGUUGCGAUGGGCAACCGCGGGAUGGAGGAGCUGAUCCCGCUGGUCAACCACCUCCAGGAAGCCCUGGGCACCGUGGGCCAGAGCUGCAGCCUCCACCUGCCGCAGAUCGCCGUGGUGGGCGGCCAGAGCGCGGGCAAGAGCUCCGUGCUGGAAAACUUCGUGGGCAGAGACUUCCUUCCACGGGGUUCAGGAAUUGUCACACGGAGACCUUUAAUCCUCCAGCUGCUGAACUCAAACAAAGAAUACGGGGAAUUCUUCCACUGCAAGGGAAAGAAGUUCACAGAUUUCGACGAGAUCCGCCGGGAAAUUGAGGCAGAGACAUGCAGGCUCACAGGGUCGAAUAAAGGCAUCUCUCCUGUCCCCAUCACCCUCAAGAUUCACUCACCUCACGUGCUGAACCUGACGCUCGUGGACUUGCCCGGCAUCACCAAGGUACCUGUGGGGGACCAGCCGGCAGACAUAGAGUACCAGAUACGAGACAUCAUCAUGCAGUACAUCUGCAAGGAGAACUGUCUCGUUCUGGCUGUCACGCCGGCCAACACGGACCUGGCCAACUCAGAUGCACUUAAGCUGGCCAAAGACGUUGAUCCGCAAGGUCAGCGGACCAUCGGCGUGAUCACGAAACUGGAUCUGAUGGACAAAGGAACUGAUGCAAGGGAAAUCCUAGAAAACCGGUUACUCCCCUUGCGCAGAGGUUACAUAGGGGUUGUGAACCGCAGCCAGAAGGACAUUGAUGGGAAAAAGGACAUCAUGGCAGCUCUGGAAUCAGAGAGAAAUUUCUGUCUGUCCCACCCGGCCUACAAACACAUGGCUGAUCGCAUGGGGACCCCAUAUUUACAAAGAAUACUCAACCAGCAACUGACAAACCACAUCCGGGAUGAACUGCCAGCCUUUCGCAGCCACCUACAGAGCCAGCUGCUGGCCCUGAAUAAAGAGGCCGAAGAAUACAGGAAGUUCAGUCCAGACGACGCUGCACGCAGGACCAAGACACUACUACAGUUAGUUCAGCGCCUGGCUGUUGACUUUGAGAAGCUAAUCGAAGGGUCUGGUGACAAAGUAGACACGGUGAAUCUCUCAGGAGGGGCUCGGAUCAAUAAAAUCUUUCACGAGCGCUUCCCCAAUGAACUGAUCAAGGUUGAGUCUGAUGAGAGGAAGCUCCGCCAGGAGAUCAACUAUGCCAUCCGAAACAUUCAUGGAGUCAGGACAGGCUUGUUUACACCGGAUAUGGCAUUUGAAGCCAUAGUAAAGAAACAGAUAUCAAGUCUUAAAGACCCGUGUAUUAAAUUCAUUGACAUGGUCAGUCAGGAACUGAUCACGACUGUGUACCAGUGUAUUGGCAAGCUCAGCGCCUUUCCCCAACUGCAAGAAGAGACGGAGAGGAUCAUUAUCACUGAAAUCCGAGAGCAGGAAAAUAAAUGCAGAGACCAGGUCUUGCUGCUUGUUGACAUCCAGCUGGCCUACAUAAACACCAAACACGAAGACUUUAUCGGCUUCACUAACUCCCCGCAAGUGAACAACCAAAGCAAUAUGAACUCUUCGGCACAGCUUGCGAAGAACCAGGCUGUGGCUUCUCGCCCAAAUCGAAUAGUCAUACACAAGGGCUGGCUAACUAUCAGUAACAUUGGCAUAAUGAAGGGCGGAGCGAAGGAGUUUUGGUUCAUCCUCUCUACCGAGAGCCUGUCCUGGUACAAAGAUGGAGAGGAAAAGGAGAAGAAGUACAUGCUUCCCCUGGACAACUUAAGGCUCAGAGAUGUGGAAAAGGGCUUCAUGUCCAGCAAGUUUGUUUUUGCUAUCUUCAACACGGAGUUAAGAAACGUGUACAAGGACUACAAAUGCUUGGAGCUGGCGUGUAACUCCCAGGAGGAGCUGGACAGCUGGAAGGCAUCUCUGCUGCGGGCCGGAGUCUACCCCGACAAAAUCGCCGUAGAUGGGCAGCAAAGUUCAGACCCUCAGCUGGAGCGGCAGGUGGAGACUAUCCGUAACCUGGUGGACUCCUACAUGAGCAUCAUCUAUAAGACCAUGAGGGAUUUAAUGCCAAAGACCAUCAUGCACCUCAUGAUCAAUAGUGUGAAGGAGUUCAUUAGCUCGGAGCUGCUGGCGCAGCUCUACGCUCUGGGGGAAUGCUCAACUCUGAUGGAUGAGUCACCGCAGCAGAAGCAGCACCGCGAGGAAGUGCUCCGCAAACACUCUGCCCUGAAGGAGGCGCUCACCGUCAUCGGGGAGAUCUCCACCUCUACCUUCACCACCCCGCUGCCUCCCCCCGUCGACUCUUCCUGGAUACAUCACCUGAGCUCAAGGCAUCGUAAAGACUCAGCAGCGACCGCCGGCAGGCCAGUGAUUCGAGCCCAUGCUCCGCCGGCUCCUCGCCUAGCUCCCGCCGGACCCAACUCUUCCUCCGAUGGUCUUCAGCAGCUCACCGGACAACAUAACCGCGUCGCAGCCAGCGUGCCAAGGAGGCAACCCCCAGCGAUCCCAGGUGUGAAAUAGGUCUGCCCCACAGAGCUCUCCUCUGUCCCUCGGCUCCUGUGACCACUGCCGAGAAGCGCCGGUGUCCUGCGUGAUGUAGAAUCCAGCUGAAGCCCUUUCCUGGGCUUCUCCACUUCUCCGCUGGGAACUGAUGUCUGCAAAAUUCACUCCGGCCUGAGCCUGUUUUGUAUAUAAUAUGUCUGGCUGUUAAAAGCUGGAAUGUGCGUGGCUGUCUGCUGAUAUUUCUCAAGUGCCUGAACUAUGUAUUAUAUUAAAAAAUAUGCCUGAAAGUAUUCAACUACAGAAAAAUGCAAAUGUAUUUUCGGUUCUAUCGUUUGUGAAUAAAA